UCAGGGUCAGGGUGUGAUGAGUGGUGGGGAAUUGUUUUGUGCAUUGUUUUUAAACCCACCGAGGAGCGUAAUCAUGAUUACCAACUGGACUAUCUCUUUGAAGUGGAUGAAUGCCUAAUGACUUAUUACGCAUUUGGACUUGGAGACCCUACUUUUUUUAUUAAAAUUACGGCAGAAUAUGGAGGGGAAUGGUCUCGUACAUAUUAUAUGUCAGAAUAUGUUAAAGUGGAAUCGCAUCAUCUUUGGCUGCAUAGUCUGUCCAAGGAAUGUUUACUUCCAACAGAGAUUGAUAAUAAGCGAUUCCAUGAAGUUGAGCUUGAAAUAGAGACCGGGCGCAUGGAGGUGGAGAAAAUUGGGCUUCGUGUGGUAUAAAAGCAAGACAUUGAAGAUCCCAAUUGAGAUGCUUUCUUCAGUUGGUGAUGAAAUCUAGGGUUUGAAGAUCCCAACCAAAAUAUGCGAAGCCCAUGAUGAGGAUGAUGGGGAAUUCUUUUCUUCACUUCUUUUACCUAAAUUUACAAAAGACACCUUGCCUUGUUCAGAUGUUGAUUUUCCUCAAUGAUUUGCACACCUACGUAUAAUUGAAGUUAGAUAAACGAAGGCCUGUUUGUUCUUUCUCUAAAAGGAGCAGCAAUAGAAGUGUUCCCAUCAUCCGUUGGACGUUUGACUGCCCUUCAGGAGUUAAAUCUAAGUGAUUGCAAAAAUCUUGUGUCUUCCUAGCAACAUUUGUAGUUUGAAGAUGCUAAAAAAUCUUCAUCUUUUUGAAUGCUCAAAAUUUGUCAACUUGCCAGAGAAUCUAAGGAAUCUUGAAAGCCUGUUUAAUCUUUCUCUAAGAGGAAUAGCAAUAGAAUUGUUGCCAUCUUCCGUUGGACGUUUGACUGCCCUUCGGCAUUUGAAUUUAAGUGAUUGCGAAAAUCUUUUGUGUCUUCCUGAAAGCAUCUCCCAACUCUCUAGAAUUACAAGGCUCAACUUGGAUGGUUGCAAGAGGCUUCGAUGGUUACCAGAUAUUCGGUCACAAGAUUGUAAUAUAAAUGUAAACAACUGUACCACACUGGAGAGAUUCCCAGAAAGCCCAAAAAAUUGUCCCUUCUGGUGUCGUCACUUUGAUUUCUGUGUCGCGUGUGUCAAUUGCUUCAAUAUUCAAUUCUGUGUCAAGGGACUAACAAGUGGUAAAUUAGUGGGGAGAUUACCUUACGUUCUUCCUGUAAAACAAAUUCCAAAUGGAUUUGAAAAGGCCAACAUACGUGAUAGUUCAGUUUUGGCAUCUCCAAGUUUCCACAGAUGCGAUUAUUCAGUGAACAUGCAAUUGCCACGGUCGGGGUUUGAUGAGUUGUGGGCAAUUCUUUUGUGCGUUGUUUUUGUACCCUGCGAGCAUUAUAAUCACUCACAUUAUCUGAUUGAAAUCAAAUCGAAUAAAGUAUGGUUUCAACGUAUUGCGUCAGAAUAUGGUAAAAUUGAAUCGCAUCACCUUGCGCUGAGCCUGCACUAUUUGAAUUUCUUCGAUCUGGAAACCCCUGGCUGGUCUAUUGAUGAGAAGGGAUUCCAUGAAGUUGAGUUUACAAGCUACCGGGAGCGUGGAGGUGGAGACAGUAGGGUUCCGUUUGUUAAACAAGCAAGACAUCACAUCAAAGACUCGGAUGAUUGGGAGGAAGUCUGGGACGAUGGGACACGGGCAUAGAUUGUGAGGAAUCCAGUCAAGAGAAUUUUUUUCCUCAUCUUUUACCUGGUUAUCGACGUGUUCACCUGACAAACCAAGGAUUUGGAGAGUAGAAAUCAUCCAGUCACUAACAAGAUGCUGAAUGAGAAAAAACAGUCAAUGAUCAUAGGUUACUCUUAAAAAGCAAUUUGUGUCAAAUCUUGAAAACAAGAGAAUUGAUCUCUUUGAUCGUGGCACCAAAGGAUGUGGGGAAGAUAAUGUCUUGCUAGCACCGUGUAAGUGUACAUCUUUUUCACCCAUGUGCUAGUUUUCACUAAUGUGUCUACUACUCUUGGCUGCCUUUCAUGCUAAAAUAAGAGUUAGUUAUGGGUUUAAAUAGUCAUACAAACCUAUGGCUUAUGCAUUUUUGUUGUAAUUCUUGGAUACCUGAUAAACACAUUUCUAUUUGGUUGUGGAUUUGUCCUAGAAUUUUGUCUAAUAGAAAUAAUUAUAAUAGUUUCUGUAUCAGCUGAAAAGAUGCCAGCUUCAUAUGCCUCACAGUGAAGUUGGUUUGGGUAGCUACUUUAGUGGUUGUGUUUGAUGUAAUGUGUAUUACAGAUGAAGUUACCGUGGAUGGCUGCUAUUUGCUGGUGCAAGUAACUCUUUAAAACCCUAUGCUCUUGGCCAAAUUGAUGGCUUUAAUGAUAUUUUGAUGAUUUUAUAGUUUUUUUAUUUUUAUUUUUGAGAAUUCUUUUUAUACAAUUUAGUGAGUGCACAAAAACACACAUGAUAAGUUAAGAUAGAAAUGAUAAUAUGAAAAAACCACUCUCCUUGACAUUGUGAAAUCAGUGUCACAGCAGUAUUGUGUCUAAAGUAUAUUUGUUAACAUCUACCUUUUUUAUGGUUCAGAAAUUGUAAAUUGCUGCUUCUAAAGUAACCAAUGCUUUCCUUUAAGUUUAAUCGGGAAUCAUGCCCUAUUUUUGAUAUAUUUCAUAUCAAUAUAUGUUGCUUCAAGUACUUUAUAGUUUAUAUGUUAAAUGUUUCUCAUUUAUGAAGUAUAUUUAAUGCUAAGGCAGUGGCUAUAAGCAUGCUGCCAUGAGAAAUCAACAGCUAAUAGAUAAUGGAAACCGGAUAUGGAUGAGACUGAUCAAGCCAUUGGGGGUUAAAAGGGGUAGGAUUAUCUCUCAUAAUCAUUUUGUGAGGAAAUUAGUUUUAUUUAUUUUGGUGAGUUGAAAAGGGAUAAGUUUUGUAGGCUAUUUUGAAGUGUGAUCAUUAAUUCCUCUCAUUCUCCUCUAUUUCCUUAUAGAAGGUUACAGGUGGAAUUGUAUCUUGUAUUUCUAAAACGUACUAGUUUUUUUAGCUUUGCCUUGAACAUCAUUUGCACUAGUUUGCAUCAAGACCUAAACAAAUUAUGGAAUGUUUAUUUUCAAGUGUAUCAUUAUUUCCUAUCAUUCUUCUCUAUUUCCUUGUAGAAGGUUAUAGGUGGAAUUUUAUCUUGUAUUUCUAAAAUGUACUAGUCUUUUUAGCUUUGCCUUGAGCAUCACUUGCACUGGUUUGUAUCAAGACCUGAACAAAUUAUGGAAUGUUUUUAACUAACUCAUAUCUCCCCCCACCCCCCACCCCUCCCAAAAAAAAUAGUAAGAAAACAUAAAAGUAGUUUUACUGUUCAAAAAAGUAUGGAAUCAUCGUAAAAGAAAAAUAAAUUCGGUAUCUCCUUGUUUGUGGUAGACUGUUCAAGACACCAUCAAUGUUGGAACAGAAACUGCAGCAGCACUCAAGGAUCAGUGGCUAUAUGUCUGCAGCCAUGACAAAUCAACAGCUAGUAGGUAGUGGAAACUGGAUGAUGGAUGAGACUGAUCAAGCCAU